ACUUCCUGGGUUUAAAAAAAAAAAUACAUAACCUAAAGUGAUCGGAUCGGAUCGGAUCGGAUCUGGUCUUGCUUGGAGAUCUGUCGCCGGGAAGUCGUUGUGCCGCUGGGGAUCCGAGCUGUCACCAUGAAGGUUCAGGCAGCGACUCUCUCCACUUGCUUCCUCUGUUCAGUUUUCCUGGUGCUUGUCUCAACCGCUGCCGGAGAAGGGCUUGGAAAGGGGUUUGGAGAUCACAUCCACUGGAGAACCCUAGAAGAUGGAAAGAAAGAAGCAGCUGCCAGUGGUUUGCCGCUCAUGAUUAUCAUCCACAAAUCCUGGUGUGGAGCGUGCAAAGCUUUAAAGCCAAAGUUUGCCGAGUCCAAGGAGAUCUCUGAACUUGCCCAUAAUUUUGUUAUGGUCAAUCUGGAGGAUGACGACGAGCCAAAGGAUGAAGCUUUUAGCCCUGAUGGUGGCUACAUUCCCAGAAUCCUCUUCAUGGAUCCCAGUGGAAAAAUCCAUCCAGAGAUCAUAAAUGAGAAGGGAAAUCCCAGCUACAAGUAUUUCUACACCAAUGCUGAUCAAGUUGUCCAGGGGAUGAAAGAAGCUCAGGAGAAGCUGACAGGUGAUGCUUUCAAACAGAAACAUCUUGGAGAUGAAUUAUAAUAUAUACAUUGAACAUGACUUUUAUCCAUCAAUUUGAAACUCUAAAAGUAUAAAUGAUUUUGUUGUUGUUGAUAAACUGUUAAACAGACCAAGAAAUGUAGUUGCACUGGAGGGACAGAAUUCUCUUAUUAGUAAUUUGCUAGGUUAAACAUUUUGAUUUUUCAGACAUGAACAUCAGAUACAGUGUUAUCCUUUCUCCCAGCCAGUUUACACUUUAAUACUUAACGGCUAAUUUACACGAGUCCCUGAAGUGAUCUCAAACCGAAUAUUCAGUGGGUGUCCACAUAACAAUGACCACUUGUAUCCAGCGUUCAAAGCAUUUAACCUGCAUCUUAAGAGGAUGAGCAGUGUGAUUAUUAUGCACUGAAAUAGUGAGAGCUUGAUCUCCAUUUGGGAUUGGAUCCUUCAUUGGCCAUCAGUGGGAGAUGCUCAGAUGAGUAGGAGAUUGAGACUCAAGCUAGCUAUUUUCUAAAAAGCCAAACAAAUCAAACAAGUAAUUUUGCCACUAAACCAAGUAAAGUUUUUUUUUUGUUUUGUUUUGUUUUUUUGUUUUUUUUUUUUCAUGCAUAUCCCGAAGUAGCUUGUAGAAUAUUCACUCGGCAAAAGAUCUUCUUUGUAGAGCUGUUUGUGAUUUGUCUUGACUUGCCUUCAGGUAGGAGCUCCAGCUCUCCAUCAUACGUUCAUCUUUGGUUAAUAUUAAGACAAGAUUAUGUUGAAGUGUUAUGGGGAUUCCCACUCUUGCUGAAUGUUUUGGAGAAUGCCUUGCCAUCACAUUGUACUGUAUUUUUGUACCAGGGUGAAAAAUUAAAACUUUUUAAAAAUAAAGGGCAUGGUAAAUG